AUCAGAGUUCUCGAAGCAAGCAAAUCGAAAUGGUAUCAAAGUUUCUACUAAUUACGGCCCUCUUGGUCGCCACUGCCAGUGCCACACCCAUUACCAUUGGCACAGGAGUCAAUUUUGGACAGGCCAUGUACAAGUUCUUGACCGCUUUCAAAAGCAUUAUGCCUUGCGGCUAUGCUGCCGAAGGUAUUCCAGUCAUGGCCCCACUGGUCACUGAGUUCCAAUCCUUCAGCUAUGAAUCGGACAAUGACUACAGCAUUUCGGGCAAUGUGAGCAACAUUAACAUCAUUGGCCUGAAUAACUUCCACAUUCUCGACGGCUCCUACGAUGCCAGCUCUCAGCAUGCCAAUUUCGACCUGAUCUUCCCGGAAAUUCAGAUCCUCGGUGCCUACGAAGUGGAGGGCUUUGUCAGCAUUGGCGGCAUCCAUUUGCCCAUCAACCAGAAUUCUCUGCUCAAUGAGAAAUUGGAAGAUUUGCGUUUUGUGGGCAGCUAUAACAUUGAGUCUAACAAUUCCUCUGGCCUGCAACUUACUGAUGUGAAAAUUGAAAUCUACUUGGGUGACUUCAAACUCGAAAACUGGAAUUCUUUGUGGAGCGUAGCGGCCAAUGAGUUUGCCAAUGACUACGGCAGUGCCUUCCUUAACUAUGUCAUUGCUGAAUAUCGUGGAGAUAUUGGCAAUUUGUACAGUCAAUUGGUUGUCUCCGAAUACAACAAGCUGUUGGCCAAUGUGAAUCUAAGCCAAGUGAUUGAUUUCCUGCUUACCCAAGCUGAAAAAUGGGAAGCCGCCGAUUGUUAGACAGAUAUUACGAUCUUAUAAUAUAAUAAAUAUCAACUGAGCAAAGCAAUUUAAA